GUCAGGCGGGGGCAGGACCAGUACGUCCAUGAUAUUGACAGGUAGAGAUGAUGGGGCAAUAAUACGAAAGGUCCUCCAACAUGAACAUCAGAGGAUCUGCAAACUUUGAGUAAGAGUGCACUUAGUCUUUGAAGCAAUUCUUUCUAAUUUUUUUAUCCUUUACUUUGCCACUACAAGGCGAAGUUCUUCCGGGCUUGUGAAACAUUUAUCUUAAGAGGACAGAUCCAGCGGAGAAGGUAAAAUGUCGCUGCAUUUGUAUGAAAUGAGCAGCAGGCUACUCGGGGACACUGUUGGGAUAAUGAACGAAAACCUGACUUCAGUGGUUCUGGCGGCUUCUCUCAUAACUCUCAUUCUGGGAUAUAUCUCCAAGUUGCUGCUCAAACAGUCUCCCGACAAGGACCUGAAAUACCCACCUUACAUACCCUCCAGCGUCCCCUUCCUGGGUCACGCCAUUGCAUUUGGGAAAAGUCCCAUUGAGUUUCUUGAAAAUGCUUAUGAAAAAUACGGCCCUGUGUUCAGUUUCACCAUGGCAGGAAGCACAUUCACCUACCUGCUGGGCAGCGAAGCAGCCACGCUGAUGUUCAACAGCAAGAACGAGGACCUGAAUGCCGAGGACGUCUACUCCCGACUGACCACUCCAGUGUUUGGCAAAGGAGUAGCCUACGACGUCCCGAACAACAUCUUUCUGGAACAAAAGAAGAUGUUGAAGACUGGUCUGAACAUCGCUCGUUUUAAGGAACACGUGAAAGUCAUCGAGGCAGAGACAAUAGAGUAUUUUAAGAGAUGGGGAGACAGCGGGGAGAGAAACCUGUUUGAGGCUUUGUCUGAGCUGAUCAUCCUGACGGCCAGCAGCUGCCUUCAUGGGAAGGAGAUCCGCAGCAUGCUGGAUGAGCGAGUGGCGCAGCUUUACGCCGACCUGGACGGAGGUUUCAGUCAUGCUGCCUGGCUCCUGCCCGGCUGGCUGCCCUUGCCCAGUUUCAGGAAAAGGGACAGAGCUCACAGAGAGAUCAAAAACAUCUUCUUCAAGGUGAUCCAGAAACGCAGGCAGUCUGUAGAGAAAGUGGACGACAUCCUGCAGACCCUCAUCGAUGCCACCUACAAAGACGGACGACCCCUGAAUGAUAACGAGAUCGCAGGGAUGCUGAUUGGCCUCCUCCUGGCGGGUCAGCACACGUCCUCCACCACCAGCGCCUGGAUGGGUUUCUUCCUGGCCAGAGACAAAGCUCUGCAGGAGCGCUGCUACGCCGAGCAGCGUGCUGUGUGUGGAGAAGACCUGCCUCCACUCAACUUCGACCAGCUAAAAGAUCUCAGCUUGUUGGAGCGCUGUUUGAAGGAGACUCUGCGUCUCCGCCCACCCAUCAUGACCAUGAUGAGGAUGGCUCGCACUCUUCAGACUGCAGCAGGAUACACCAUCCCGGUGGGCCACCAGGUCUGCGUCUCCCCAACUGUCAACCACCGUCUGCAUGACACCUGGGAGCAGAGGAUGGAGUUCAAACCUGAUCGCUACCUCAAUGACAACCCCGCUGCAGGGGAGAAGUUUGCCUAUGUGCCAUUUGGAGCUGGUCGCCAUCGGUGCAUCGGGGAGAACUUUGCCUACGUACAGAUCAAAACCAUCUGGUCCACUUUACUGCGCAUGUAUGACUUUGACCUGGUGGGUGGAUAUUUCCCCACAAUUAACUACACCACAAUGAUUCACACCCCUCACAACCCCAUCAUCAGAUACAAGAGGAGACAACAGUGAGAGACUGAAGGAAAACACCAGAGGGAGCAGAGACACGAGGAAACGGUCAAAACAUCCCGAGUGAAGAGAAGCUCGAACCUCCUUGGACUUGAAUUUUGGAAGUUUCUGAUUAAUGCACUUUGCUCUGUAUAAAUGUCCAUCCUUUUACUAUUUGUGGUUCUUUCAGCCCCUUCUUUUUUUUUUUUUCUUAAUGCCAAAAUUUCCUUUAACGUUUUUGAACCUUGUGUUUCCAGAGAUAAUUACACUGACUGUGUGGCUCUGAUUGGAACACAGAUGCUAAUAUUCACAGUGUGAAUUCUUCAGGACAGAAAUGGUCAGUAAUACAGUGCCUUGAUGGCAAGGACACAUUAAUGAGUGCUUCUUUCAUUCAUUCCUUUGGGCCCCAGAAAAUUCUAUUCAUCGGAAAACAAAGCAGUUAACCAAUGAUCUUCAUUAUUUCUACUUGACAAUUUUUUGUACAUUUGAUGGCAAACUGCAACCAUCGUAACUUUUAUUGCAUUAAUCACAUGAACACUACAAUAGAUCCUACUGUAAGUAGGUGGAAGUUUAUGUAUCAGCUGUUUGUGGGAUGUUUUCACACUGACUAACCUUAAAACUCGCUGGGGAGAUCGGGUGCUGCAGUCCAGGUCAUCCAGCAUUUGAGGAGACAAACAGAAUCACAGCUCUGAGUAAAGGUGCUUUUUAAAGGUGGCCUACACUAAUUGGGAACUUUGCACCUGAACCUCGUUGAGUUAACAAACACCAACUGAUUUUUGCAGGAGAGGCUGGAACCCGAACAUAAAGUCACAGCAAGUCACUGGAUGAACUGUCUUGUCCAUUGGGAUAUUCAUUAGAACUCCGCAAAAUGUCCAGAAAAUAUUCCGCUGAUCACAGGAUAUUUUGAUUUAUUUUGUCCUUUGCAGUGUUUGGUUCUUCUGUUGCAGAAAGUAACUUGAUAAUUUUAAACAUUUACGUUCAUAAUUCUUUGAAUAAAGGAACUUUCAAAAAUCA